AUGCCGCCCACUCGCAAAGCCGCCGCCGCCGCACGACGCAGCAUGUCGCGCACCAAGGAGGACGAGAAGCCCAAGGGCCUCGCAGCAAGGAGGAGUCGCCCGGCGGGUGCGAAGCCCACCAUGGUCGACAUGAUCGCCGAGGCUAUCGAGAAGGCUGGAGAUGCCCAUGACGGCGCCUCGAGGCCGCUCAUCAAGAAGUUCAUCAUCAGCAAGUUCAAGCUCGAGGACAACGCGACUACCGACGGCCGCAUCGCGACCGCCAUCCGUCGAGGCAACGAGUCUGGCGUCUUUGCCCUCCCGAAAGGCUUUGGCGGCAAGAUCAGGAUUGCUGAGGAUGGUGACAAGCCGUACGUCAAACCCAAGGCGGGCUCGAAGGGCACGAAGCGCACUUCCACCGGCACGAAGAAGACUGCGACCUCGUCUUCGAGUACCGCGAGGAAGCCGCCUGCCAAGCGCACGACCGCCAACUCGACCGGUACGGCGAGGCAGAAGCAGAGCGAGGGAGGCAAGCGGGGUGCUGCCAAGACCAACGCCAAGCGCGGUGCCACGACCUCGACCAUGACGUCCUCUAGGAGCACGCCAGCGAAGAAGACGGCCAGCAAGUCGUCGCCGAGGAAGACGACCUCGAGCUCGUCGAGGCGUGCUCGUAACUGA